GGUACACAAAUUGCUAGUGAUUAUGAGAUUUGCUGCCUUCUGCAACAAAGAUAUCGAUAUCAAUUUUGAUCUGAAAAAGAAUGCUCGGAUGUAUCGGACGUGAUCUUUCUGUGCACUAGUGUUCCAAUUCGCUGGUCGUAACCAAUUCCGGUGACGCUAUCUGUCCUCGAUGGAUACGCGGAGGAACAGUCGAUUCGAGGUUUUUAAGACGGAGCCUGAUGAUGAUUUGGAAGUGGACAUCAACGAGAAGCCAAGUGCAAAUGAGCCGCUUCCAUCUAGAAAUGUGAUAAAACGGAAAACUAGUUCCUCGGGUAGAUUUGUGAUAGAAAACCUCAAUGGUGUAGGGGAGUGCUCAGGCGAUGACCAACAUGAAGGGACGCUCAACGACGAAGCUUUCGCGGAAAAUGGUGACGCUUCCAGUGAGGUGCCUGCGCAACGACUCAAAGGGGUACAUUUCUCAGUUGGAGAUAAAGAUCAGGAGGACGAGCGAAAACGAGAACAGGCGGAAAGUAACACAACUGUUAACCUAAAAAGUUGGCGAAAUAUGAAGACGCUCGAACAUCCGCCAAUUAUGGAUUUUUACCGCAACUCAGUCGAUAAUGGGGAUGGAGUUGGAGCCGUGCGACCAUCGAUGCUCCAGCUUAUUCAUGGUGAUAAGACCAUACCGGAAGAGAUUGAAAUUGAGGGGUUCAAGAAGCAAAACGAUGAGUUAGUGGAAGGACAGAUACAAAAGAAGCCAUCAAAAUCGCACAUGGAAAAAUUCUCACCACCACCAACACAGGCUCGCGUAAAAUUUGGCUGGAUAGAGGGAGUUUUCAAUCGAUGCAUUCUCAAUAUUUUUGGUGUGAUGUUAUAUUUACGAAUCAGUUGGACAGCAGGUCAAGCUGGACUCGGCCUUGGAAGCAUGAUAGUGUUGCUAGCGUCUACUGUUACAUUCAUUACGGCUAUCUCUACUUGCGCAAUCUGUACAAACGGAGAUGUGAAAGGAGGCGGUGCUUAUUUUUUGAUAUCGCGCUCUCUUGGCCCCGAGUUUGGCGGUUCGAUAGGCUUGAUCUUUUCCGUGGCUAAUGCCGUCGGCGCAGCUAUGUAUAUUGUUGGUUUCGCCGAGACCGUCCGAGAUCUUCUUAGAGAUGCAGACGUGCGUAUUGUCGACGGAAAUUUGUGGGAUGUGCGCAUAGUGGGAUUCGUGACGUGCGUCGUUUUGAUCACUAUCAUAUUCGUCGGCACUUCGUUCGAAUCCAAGAUGCAGAUGUUCCUUCUGGCAAUACUAUCAGCAUCUAUAAUUGAUUUUUGGAUAGGAUCAGUUUUUCCACCCAGCGAGGAAGCAAAGUUGCGAGGAGCUACGGGAUAUAGCUUGAACACCUUAUACGAAAAUUUACUACCACAAUUUCGGGGAGAAAACUUUUUCUCGACCUUUGCUGUUUACUUCCCAGCAGCAACUGGUAUGAUGGCUGGCGCGAACAUUAGUGGAGAUUUGGCGGAUCCACAGCGUGCGAUUCCACUUGGGACACUCUUAGCAAUUGCUAUCACCACAGUGAUCUACCUAGCUACGGUUUGGAUGACUGGGACUACUUGUGUAAGAGAUGCAGAUGGUAUAUCACCUCCCAUGUGGAAUGGCACAACUUUUAUACCUCCAGAGUGCGCGUCUAAUUAUACUUGUCCGUAUGGCCUUAUGAACUAUUAUCAGAUUAUGGAAAUGGAGUCACUUUGGGGACCUCUAAUUACUGCCGGGAUUUUCGCCGCCACGCUUAGCUCAGCGCUUGCAUCUCUUGUGAGCGCACCGAAAGUUUUUCAGGCUGUUUGCAAAGACCGUCUCUUCCCAAAAAUUGACUACUUCGCAAAAGGUUAUGGAAAGAAUGAUGAGCCCAGAAGAGCGUAUGGUCUCACGUUUAUCAUUGCUAUGGCUAUAAUUGCUAUAGGUGAUCUUAAUAUCAUUGCUCCUAUCAUAUCCAACUUCUUUCUUGCUUCUUACGCUCUCAUCAACUAUUCAUGCUUCGAUGCAUCGUUCGCGGAUUCACCAGGUUUUCGUCCUGGAUUUAGAUAUUACAAUAUGUGGGUAUCAUUAGCCGGGGCGCUACUAUGCCUCACAGUAAUGUUCAUAAUGAGUUGGGCCACGGCGUUGAUUACAUUCAUCUGUUUUGCUGCUCUCUUCCUUUACAUCUUACAUCGCAAACCAGACGUAAAUUGGGGCUCAUCUACACAAGCGCACAGCUAUAAAACCGCCCUUGCGGGCAUGAUCAAGCUAUCCCAUACUGAAGAGCAUGUCAAGAACUAUAGACCACAAUUCCUCGUCUUGUGUGGAAAUGCUGCAGCGAGACCAUCUCUGAUUGACUUCGCUUACAAUAUUACGAAGGGAUCCUCUCUCAUGAUCUGCGGUUAUGUUGUCCCUUACAACCCAUCCGAGCGAGUAUAUUCCGUGAUGCGGAAGCUAGAGCGUCAGCUGAGCGAAUGGCUACGGAAGAGGCACGUAAAGGCUUUCUACACUGCUGUCGCUAACGUCAGUCUCCGAGCAGGUGCUCAGUCGCUGCUACAAGUAUGCGGGCUUGGUAAAUUGAGACCAAACAUCAUUCUCAUAGGAUUCAAGUCGAAUUGGUAUCGUUACGGUGCCAUACCAGAGACUUUGGAUGAGAUGAACGAAUACUUCGGCACUAUCCAAGACGCCUUCGACAACAACAUGGCAGUGUGUGUACUUCGGAAUGGAAAUCUCGGUCUUGAUUUUAGCGAAGCGAUGAAACUCCUAAACGUAGGCGAACAUAAACGACUGGACAUAAAUCUGGAUGAAAACGCUGAGAAAGAGAAUACAAAAUCGCCAACUCGGUUCGGAAAAGGCAACGAAACAACUACUAUCGAAGAAAAAAAUGAAGAAGAAGAAGAAGAGGAAAAAACUGAUGUGAAGCCUUCAAAUACCCUGGCUGAUAAUUACGACUCAGAUGAUGCCGAGGACGAACACUGUGACUGCAAAGAAGACGAUGAUAGAUGCGAAAAGUGUGAAGAGGAAAAAAGAGCUAAAGACGUCGAAGCAGGGGAUGCACAGCCUCAUUUGAGUGACGAUCCCAAAGAGAACAAACACACAUUUUCUUUGCGCAGGCGGAGCACCCGUCGACCUACUACGGAGCAGAAAGCUUUGCUUGCAUCCAUAUCGAGGUUCCAGAAAAAGGUUAAAAAGGGCAUCAUUGACGUGUGGUGGCUGUACGAUGAUGGUGGUCUCACGCUUCUUCUACCACAUUUGUUAACAAUUCCCAAAAGUUAUUUGGAAGGAGCUAAACUGCGUGUUUUUACCAUCUCGACCAGUUCGCGGACUAUGGAGCAAGAACAGCGAAGUAUGGCUGCUCUUCUAUCAAAGUUUCGGAUCAAUUUUAGCGACGUCUCUGUCAUCUCUGAUAUUGGUCGUAAACCUCAGUCUGAAACGUACUCUGAGUGGGAAAAGGUCAUUCGUCCUUUCAUCGCUUCUGAUGAUGCUAAAUGUCUUCCUGGCAUGACAACUCGAAGUGAGCUGGAUGCACAGAAGCAGAAAACAUACAGGCAGUUACGUGCUGCUGAACUGCUUCGUGAGCAUUCCAUCGAUGCGGAUCUCAUUGUUAUGACAUUGCCUGUACCUCGGAAGGGAAUGGUCAGCGCUUCGCUGUAUCUUUCUUGGCUGGAUAUAAUGACCAGAGGAGUUCCUCCCACAUUGCUUGUUCGAGGAAAUCAAACUUCUGUAUUGACUUUCUACUCCUAAAAAUAUUCUUGCUUUUUUCUAUGAGGUUAGCAGCGAUGCUAUGUUAUACAACAUUUAUUGUUAUGGGCAUGCUAUUUUUCUAUUGAGCCGAUGGUUCUUGUAGUUAUGCUAUUUCGCAUAAAUGCAAAAGGGCGAGCUCUGCCGGCUUCUUAAUGUUGUGCAUACAUGUGAUUCAUAUGUUGUAAUACAUUCAUCGUAUUUGUUCAUUCUUUGAACGUAGAUCCCGCAUAGAGUUUGUGUAAGCCACUGGUAUCUAUUAAAGUGCCUUUUUAGCACUGCAUUGUUGUGGUUAUAUAUCGAUUAUCCAGAUUCAAAUAUUCUCAGAUCAUUUGUUGACUUGAUUAGAUGCAAGUUGCAAUAAAAAUCAAUAAGGU